CACAGGUCUCAUCCAUGAUUUAUGUUAUUUUUUACUAUCAAAAUUUAAUUGGUCUCAACGGACAACGAGUCGAAAUAUUGUAUUUUGUUGAUUUCUUACCAGCUGUUAAGUGUUGUCGUUGAUCAAUAAGCAAACUUUACUCCAUUUCUCCUGAAUUGCAUUCAGAAUUCUCGUAUCCUUUAAGCCGUGAUCGGCGGAUCAAACACUUAUCGUUAGUGCAGUUUCGGGCUUUCGCCCUGGAACCGUGAACUACUUUCUCAAGGAGUAUUUUCUGUUUUUCGGAAUCGGGGCAUUCUAAGGUUCUCAUAAGUCAGAUAUCACCGAACUUCUUGCUGAUUAAGUGAUUGCUCUAAUAUUGCCACAAUGUUCGCCGAAGGAGCGCCUUCACAUAAUCCGAAUGUCGACUGGUUGAAUACGAGAGGAAUGUGGACGAUUUAUUGCUUGAUUUUGCUGAUGUUUCACCUGUUUCUUCUAUCCAUUCCCAUUGAUGCCUUGUCGGUUCCGGUCGUGUGGACUCUUACCAAUGUUCUUCACAAUUUAUUUAGCCUUGUGUUGUUCCACUUCACGAAAGGAACUCCUUGGCUGGAUAGUGACCAAGGACGUUCGCGUGCGCUGACAUUUUGGGAGCAGAUCGAUGAUGGAAUUCAGUACACAACGACGAAGAAAUUCUUCACCAUCCUCCCAAUUGUUUUGUACUUAAUGACGGGAUUCUACACCAACUACGAUCAGACCCACUUCAUCAUCAACACAAUUUCUCUGCUGUCGGUGCUCAUACCAAAGCUCCCUUAUUUCCAUCGCUUGCGUCUUUUUGGAAUAAAUCGAUACUGAUAUCAGCUACCUUUGUGCACAUAUUUAACGCUUAAAAUUUUCAAGUCUGGAGUUUCCUAGAGAUACUGGUGCUCACUGGUAUUUAAUUAACCGAAUGGUAUCGUACUGGUUCAGUAAUUCGCGGUUCUAUAGCUUGCUUUUCACUUACUUCCAUAUGCUGCGGUAUUUCCUUUUUUUGAUUCGGGUGUUUAGAAGUCUUUCUCGCUGAUCGUUUUAACUGCAGUGUAAAAUUUUAGAUUCCUUAGACUGGGCAACGCUAUAAAACUGCAUAAAGUACUAGAGUAGUGU